UCUUCUCCAAGACUUUAUUCACUCCAGCAGGUAUCGACAUAUAUCUCCGUUCCACCUCCUCAAGCCCAACUUCCGAGACCCGCGCUCAACUCCGUUCUGAAGUCGUCGAAGCUCUUUAUAAGGUCGAUGACCCCUUUGUGGCGGAACUCGCAAAAGGCGGUUUCGAGAUACCUGGGACCGUUUGACUCUCCGACCGGUGAAAAUGUCUACUCGUACUCUUAAUGAUCGUUGUUGUAACAUGUAAGCUACAAGUAUCGAGUGCCAUAGUAUGUUUCUAUACGCGUUGAAGUUCUUGGAGAGAGGUGUCGGCACACCGGCCCGAAGGUGCGGGGCCCCCAGUGAGUUCUACCCGGACGAGCCGUACUCUGACCGACUAAUCUUAACUGUUCAGCUUUGCCUAUUCCAGCUGUCCAGACAACUUUCUGAUCCUCUACUUCAGUUAGGAAGUCGAAGAAGCGGCUACACGUCCAGCAAGAUGGUCCAAAACCUAUUCCAAGUUAGACCCGAUGACCUGCUGUUUCCCAAGUCAAACACGGCAUGGCUGCUGGAGCAAGCAGCGAUCAUGAAGCCUUACCCAGUCGACAUUCCUCAAGAGUGUGAACCCUGGGAAGCUAUCGUGUGUCCCAAACGGAAUGGUAUAUGUGGCUCAGACAUGCACAUCUACCUCACUGCUAAGUGUUCUCGGGGUCCCGUAAAUAUUCCUCUCAUCUUGGGUCACGAGUGUGCCGGUAUAGUUUGUGCGGUGGGCAAGAACGUGAAGAAUGUCAAACCUGGUGAUAGGGUAGCUCUCGAACCGGGCGAGGCAUGUUUGCGAUGUGUAGAUUGCAAAGGGGGUCAUUACAAUCAAUGUGAAUUCAUGCGAUUUGCAUCGGAUGGAUUCAACGACGGUACUUUGCAAGGAUUCUAUCGUCUCCCGGCAGACUUAUGUCACAAACUCCCAGACAAUAUGACAUUAGAAGAAGGUGCUCUGAUGGAACCGUUGAGCGUAGCAGUUCACGCUGUCAACGAGAUAGCCAAGAUGCGUCCGGGAAAGAAUGUCAUCGUUUUCGGUGCCGGUCCCAUAGGUUUAGUGUCAGUCGCACUAGGAGCGAAGAGAAUCAUCGCUGUGAAUACGGCUCAGGAUCGACUUGAUUUCGCGAAGAAAUACGCAGCUACGGAUAUCCAUGCUGCGGCACCUAUGGAGCCAGGAGAGACGAGAGCGGAGUAUUCAAUACGACACGCCGAAAUUAUCAGAGAGAAAUUUGGUCUCUCCGCUAGAGGAUCUACAGGUAUAGACUAUGUAUUUGAGUGUUCCGGAGCGGAGGUCUGUAUACAGACUGGUCUGAGGUUGUUGAAGCACAGAGGGUCGUUUGUACAGGUUGGAUUCUCCAGAUCCGAUAUGUCUGUCCCUUGGAAUCUGAUCAAUGUUCGAGAGCUCAACGUUACUGGGACUUUCCGCUACGGCGCAGGAGUAUACGAAAUGGCUAUUGACCUGGUCUCUCGCGGAUUGGUCGAUGUCAAGCCUCUCCUCACUCAUCGAUAUCCUUUCUCUCAAACGCUAGAGGCUUUCGCUACUUCUAAAAAUGGUAAAGGUCCCGAUGGUGAGGUAGCUAUUAAGGUCAUGAUCGCUGGACCGGAUGUUUGAGCGCCGGGGAGCUAGAGUAGGAACAAUCACAGUCAAGUAUUGAGCAAAAUAUGUUAUGUACCAGAUCAAGUGUUAGCUGUUGGCCUCCAAUUGUCGUCGUUAGUCCAAGUAAGUCAGUCGCAAUAUGCAAUGAGAUGAGAC